AUGCAGUUUCCAUACCGCAUUUUAUAUUCAGUAUUUAUCAUCAAUUUAUUUGUAUCAAAUAAUCCUACGCUAUGCAAAACGUACGAGUAUUCUAGAGAAUUUCUUCUCGACAACCAUUUUUUUUACCUCGAACCACCACAAACUGCCUUUGCUCUUGACAUUGAACCCAUAAGUUAUCCUGACAAAUGCGACUUAAAACAAUUAUAUAUGAUUUCUAGACACGGAUCAAGAUAUCCAGGUCCAAAUAAUAUUAGAGCUUUUGACGAAUUGGAAAAAAUAUUUGCCAAUGUUGAUGUUGCAAAGGAAUGGUAUAAAAAUCCUUUCCCCAUGAAUAAAAAUUUGCAAUUGAUCAAACGAGGGGAAAUCGAACCUUAUUUUGAUGGAUUACAAUCCCGUAAAAGAUAUGAAAAAUUUUGGGAUGAAGUUGAAUAUGAUCCCGAAGUUAUAAAAUUUCAAAGUACUCAAUUUACAAGAAACGGUGCGUCGAUAAUGUCUUUUUCUCAAGGUUUAUUUAAUGGCAAGGGGCCUUUAGAUACUUGUAAAAGUCAACCUAUUUACUAUCUGACUGUACCACCGGAAAAAGAUGAUACAUGUAUGAUAUAUGCCUCCUGUAAACUUUGGAACGAGACUGUUGCUUCUAAUAAUAAAUUACUUGACGAACAAGUUUUCGCCUAUGGUAACAAGACGCUAACAAAAAUUGCCAACCGACUUUCCGAAACAUACCAUAUUAGCCCACCUCUUGAACCACGUCUAGUACCACAACUCUUUGACAAUUGCCAAUUUUGGCUCACCGUUUUUAAUCGAACCGAUGCGUGUUAUCUUACUCAGCUUGUAAAUGGAGUUGAGAAUUAUUUAAAUGGUAAUUCUAGUAUGAUAGCUGAUAUAAAAAAUGCUCAAAGUUUUAGCAUGGAUUUGAUACUUACUACAUUGGGAGUAUUUAAAAACGAAUUUCCACUCACAGCAGAUUUAACCUAUGAACAAAUUAAAAAUGUUAAAUAUACGGAAUAUAAACUUUUGUAUUGGUCUUCUACGCUUUAUUUCGAAAUUUAUACGUGUUCCGAUGAUAGCGUGUUGAUACGUGUGUUGCUCAAUUUUAAACCGUUUGUAAUUCCGGGUUGUAAUAGUGAAUAUUGCGAAUGGAACAAAUUUAAAGAGAUUCUUGGUGAUAAGAUUGGAUGCGAUUUUAAUAAGAUGUGCAAUAAUCCUUGA